AUGAGCGACUCUGAUGAAGACGAAUCCGAGAACAUGGCCGAUGGAGACGUUCGCAGGGGCAUCUCGGCGCUGGAGACUCUUGACCCGCCAAGCAUGUCGAAUGGCGACUUCAUCUGCCUCUGUACGCCGGCUCCCAAGAUCCCUCGACCCCGAAAUGCUUUUAUCCUGUUUCGGCAGCACUAUCAGGCACAUGUCGUGGCAGAGAAUCCGGGCCUUACAAACCCAGACAUAUCCAAGAUCAUCGGUAAAAUGUGGCAGAAGCAGCCGAAAGACAUCAAGGAUGAGUGGAAAAACCUUGCCGACAAAGAGAAAGCACGGCAUCGUAUCCAGUACCCAGACUACCGCUAUCAGCCCAGGCGUGUUGGCAAAGGUGCAUCUGCAAAUGGCCGAUCGGGCAUAGCGGGCGUUUAUGGGAGCGAAGGAGCAGGCGGCAACAGCGUUGCAAACGGCGAGCUCGACCCUAGCCGCUGUCCUAAAUGUGGAGGACGGUACAUUGCCACGCCUCGCACGCCUUCAUUAUCGCGGUAUGCGCUGGUAUCAGCAAAGAUGCAAGGAACACCGACGUCUGCCAUUGCCAUGUUCGACACGAGUAAAGGCAAGAGCAACAGCACAGCAGGUGCCAUACACACAACGUCUGCGAGCUUUGAGUCCGAGCGGAACUACCGCCAUGGACUUUCCAGUCCUGGGCCGUCCCAGUAUUCGUCCGUGUUUGACAGAAAUUACCAGCGAGAGUCGGGUCGUCGGCCGCUACCACAACAUGGCCGUUUUGGUGUCAGUCCUGGUCCCGGUGCUGGAGUUGGUUCUGGUCCUGGUGCGGCUGCUGGAUAUAUUGACGACAUUCCUCCUGAACACAAACGGAGACGCUAUGAGAUGCCGGCGGCUUCGCCUGCACAUCCGGCCAGGGAAACCGGGUUCGUCUCGUACCGACCGGCACCUCAUCAACACUACACCGGCAACCCUCCACCGAUGACACCCACGUCUGCCCCCUUGCCCUCGUAUCACCGGCCCCCGCAAACAUGGAUGGAUCUUCCACCACCGACACCGCCCAGGCUUGCCACAAGAAGCCAGAUCAAUGGGUUUGAUGCAAGAAGCGAUAAUCCCACGUCAGAGGCGACCCGUAAUGGAGGCCGGCUGCCUGCCCAGUACAGGUCUUCGUCCAUGUCGUCAUAUCCUUCAACGUUGGCCCACCAUCCGGCAUCUCAGAUCCAGCGCACACCGGUCGACAGCAAGUUUUCGCUGUCUGCUGUAAGGCGGCCCGGAGAUGUGACAUCUGGACGGGAAUAUGCUCCGCAGUUGGCACGUCUCCCACCACCCGGAACCUCAUAUGGCUAUUAUCACCUGGCAGAAAGCGCCGACAAUACUACCCAACCGCCUACCACACCUAUGACAGGGUUGUCAAUGGCGACAGCCACUCCUCGGUCUGCUUCGGUGGUUGAUCCGCAAACAGAUGCCAGUGGCGCUGCUGGUAGACAGCAGCAGACCCGGUCUGGCAUUGCAGAUGAUUCCCUGAAGCUUCCCCCACUGCAAACAUAUAUGCUUCCAAAGGCACAGUCACCGCCCAGGUCCGAUUCGAGCAAUGGUGACGGCGGUGGCGAAAGCAAGAGCGCUAUCACGAGAAGCCAGUCUACCAUCCAGCCAGGCUCUUCUGUCGACGUCAAGAUGGCGUCAGACAGCGUUUGUAACAGUGCUGGGAGUAGCGGUUUGCAAGACCUGCGCUCAUUUGCCAUUGCCCCAAUACCCAUGGCAAGAGAUGGGAACACGGACAGGGACAACCAGUCGAGUGGUAUCUGGGCCAUGGUGAUGAGCGUGCCCUAUCUGAACAAGCUGGAGGUUCUGCGACGCACCAGCCCACCACAGACAGGGUUGUCGAAGCGAGGCCCAAUCAUCGCCGUUGAAGGCUGCAAUGAGGCACUGAUUGCGGAGGUCGGCUUGAUUGUCGAAAAGGCCUUGGUGCAAAGCGGGGAGUGUGCUGUUGGGGUGUGGUCCACGCUGGCAGACAGGGGACAGGACAGGCCCAGCAGCAGAGGGGGCGACUGUGCCGAGGAGAAUUAUGACGACCAGUACAGCGGCUCUGAGGCCCUGUCAUCCUAUCACAACUUCAUCGUGUCCUGGCACAGAAAGUCGCAGGAGAUCAUCCAGCACAUCAAGACCACAGAAAAGCUUGCCUUGGCGCCGACACCGUCAGCUUCCUCAAGUGCCACCCCGCAGCCCGAGGAAAGAAAGGGCACAGGUGCCGUUGUUUCCGCGUUGGCAGACAGGGCAAUAACUCCCCCGGCUCCACCAUCACCUGCAUCGCCGGCUUCGGCGACUGCCACACCGUCGCCCGGCCAUUCUCCCCACCCGCAGAAAACACAGCCGCCGUCAGCAACAGCGGCCCGCCUGCCGGUCGCACUCAUCACCGGCGGCUAUAGCCUUUCCAUCUCGGACCACUAUGCCACAUCUGUGCCCAUCGAGGACGGCUUUCCGCCCAUCGGCCACUGGGAAUGGAUGGCAACGCUGUGGCGAGGUACAGCUGGCCCCGACCUGGUGAUAUAUGCCGACUCUAAGCCGGCGUUGAAGCCAAUGGACAGUGUGGUCAAUCUUCACGCGCAAGAGGGCGUCAUGGUUUUCCACGUGCCAUCAAAACCGUAUGUCGGGAGCCAGGACAGCGCCAACAACAAGCUGGUUGACGACAAAUCGAGCAGACGCCUGGCUUUCGAGGUGAUGGAAUGGGUGCGUACUGCCGGCUUCUGCGAGGAUUGA